AUGCGCCAGACCGCAGUGCGCCUCUUGCGAUCGUCUCACACGCUAUACCACGAAAACCCUCUAGGUCUGCCUCAAUCCGGCACCCCGCCAACCUGGGGAAAACGUCCCCAGCGGCGCAAGAUCACAGGAGUCGAUAAAGUCAUCGCCGUGUCAUCUGCCAAGGGCGGUGUUGGUAAGAGCACAGUUGCGGCGAACCUAUCCCUGGCUUUUGCUCGGCUGGGGCUCCGAGCGGGCAUACUGGACACAGAUAUAUUCGGACCGUCCAUUCCGACACUGUUCGACUUAUCCGGAGAACCAAGAUUAUCAAAAUAUAACCAGCUUCUUCCUCUCACAAACUAUGGCGUGAAAACCAUGUCAAUGGGCUAUCUUGUUGGCGAGAAUGCGCCGGUUGUGUGGCGAGGGCCAAUGGUCAUGAAAGCCAUCCAGCAACUUCUACACCAGGUAGACUGGGGCGGGUUGGACAUUCUGGUCCUCGACCUGCCACCUGGUACUGGCGACACGCAGUUGACCAUAACCCAACAGGUCAUUCUAGAUGGUAGCAAGCACUGCCCCGUCCUCAUCCUUCACUGCUGUUCGCGGGCUACGUAUGUGCUGACGUGGAUUUCUUAG